AUGCUAGAGCCCAUAACAAAUGAUUCUAUAAUUCUGAUCGUGCAAGUACACAAUCGAUCGGAAUAUUUACGCCAUUUAAUAAAAAGUUUAUCUAAUGCAUACAAUAUAUCUCAAACUUUACUUAUAUUUUCUCAUGAUUAUUUUGAUGAUGAAAUCAACCAAAUAGUGAACAGUAUUAAAUUUUGUCGGGUUUUGCAAAUUUUUUUUCCACACUCAAUUCAGUUACAUCCGAAUGAGUUUCCUGGAACUGACCCAGAAGAUUGUGUGCGUGAUACAAAUCAAGAUUCUGCAAAAGUUCUUAAAUGUAAAAGUUACGAUUCUCCAGAUUCAUUUGGUCACUAUAGAGAAGCUACUUUUGCACAAAUCAAGCAUCAUUGGUGGUGGAAAGCGGAUAGAAUUUUUGAACAUCUUACAGUUACAAAAAACCAUGAUGGUUACUUUUUUUUUCUAGAAGAAGAUCAUUAUGUAGCACCAGAUUUUUUGUAUAUGCUUAAACUUAUGGACAAUAAAGCUUCAGAAUCGUGUAAAAAAUGCAAUAUAUUAGUUUUAGGAAAACAUAAAGUUCCAACAAGCAAUAUUUCGUUUAUCAACAAUGAUGUGAUAAUAAGUGAGUGGGUUUCCAGCAAGCAUAAUAUGGGAAUGGCUUUCAAAAGAAACACGUGGAUCAAAAUAAAAAAUUGCUCAAAAAUAUUUUGCACUUACGAUGAUUACAAUUGGGAUUGGAGUAUUCAACACAUUAGUAGAAAAUGUAUGGACAAGAAACUUCAGGCAUUUAGUUUAUCCACUCCUAGAGUUUUUCAUAUAGGACAAUGUGGGACUCAUACUUUAAACAAUGUAGAAUGCAACGUUGAAGGCAUUAUUUCAAAUUUAGUAGAAAGUUUUCAGUCUUCUUUGGACAAUUUUUAUCCCCGAACCCUAAACAUUGGUUAUGAAACUAUUCCAGAUGUCAUUUUUAGAAAGAAUGGUGGCUGGAGUGAUAAAAGAGAUCAUUUAUUGUGUUUAAACAUGACAAACGAUUAA